UAAUAUGCGUUGGCGAAGAUUGGCAUUGCCGCAUAAUCUCGUCUUCCAGUGUAUUCGAUACUGAGAGAGAGUGUUUGUAGUAGCAUGGCUCCGAAAAGGGUUCUUAUCCUCUGCGGGGACUUCAUGGAAGACCUUGAAGCCAUGGUUCCAUUUCAGGCAUUGCAAGCCUUCGGUGUCACCGUCGACGCCGUCUGCCCCGGCAAGAAAGCCGGCGAUGUCUGCCGCACCGCCAUCCACGAGCUUGCCGGCGCCCAGACUUAUACUGAGACGGUUGGUCAUAAUUUUGCACUCAAUGCAACGUUUGAUGAAGUUGAUGCUGCAAGCUAUGAUGGGUUGUGGUUGCCAGGUGGGAGGGCGCCAGAGUAUCUUGCUCAUAUUCCCAGUGUUGUGGAACUGGUGACCAAGUUUGCCAGUUCGGGAAAACCAAUUGCUUGCAUUUGUCAUGGACAUUUGAUUGUGGCGGCUGCUGGGGUGGUUAAAGGUCUCAAGUGCACAGCGUAUCCUGCUGUUAAAUCAGUAUUGGUUGCUGCUGGUGCUCAUUGGGUUGAACCUGACUCCUUGGCAACAACCAUGGUGGAUGGUAAUCUCUUUACUGCAUCUUCUUAUGAAGGGAACCCAGAGCUUAUUUGCCAUUAUGUGAAAGCAUUAGGAGGCAAAAUAAGUGGCUACAAUAAAAGGAUUCUCUUUAUCUGCGGGGAUUACAUGGAAGAUUAUGAGGUCAAGGUGCCUUUUCAGUCUCUUCAGGCUUUAGGAUGCCAUGUUGAUGCAGUUUGCCCCUCAAAGAAGGCUGGUGACACUUGCCUAACUGCUGUGCAUGAUUUUGAAGGAGAUCAAACAUACAGUGAGAAGCCAGGACAUAAAUUUGCUUUAACAGCAACCUUUGAUGAUGUGGAUCCUUCGAGCUAUGACGCACUUGUCAUUCCCGGAGGUCGGGCACCUGAAUAUUUGGCAUUGAAUGAGUCGGUCAUUGCCUUGGUGAAGCAUUUCAUGGAAAACAAGAAGCCAGUGGCCUCUAUCUGUCAUGGCCAACAGAUUUUAUCGGCUGCUGGUGUUCUCAAGGGAAGGAAAUGUACUGCCUAUCCUGCUGUUAAGCUUAAUGUGGUUCUGGCAGGAGCAACAUGGCUGGAACCUGAACCCAUAAGCCGUUGCUUCACUGAUGGAAAUCUGGUUACUGGAGCUGCAUGGCCAGGGCACCCUGAGUUCAUUUCUCAGUUGAUGGCACUACUUGGUAUUCGAGUAUCUUUCUAGUUCUAGCUGCAUUUUGUGAUGUACCUAAUAACAAAUGAAUAAAGCUUGGCAGUUUCCAUAUAUUAUAAAUAUGAGGAUGUGUUUUACUGUACUGUAUUUUGUGGUCCUAUAAUGUGCAAGGCAUGGAUGCACUUGUUACUUUGAGCAUAAGGACUUUUUGGUGGUUGAGUUCAGUUCCUCUGUAAUAAAACCAUGCAGUAUUUGGAGCAGUAAAACAUUAUUGGCGCAUAUAGUAAAGUAAAUGAUAAUGCAUUUUACUACACCAAA